AUGAAGCAUCUGCUGUUACUGUCACUGCUGCUUGGCUACCUGGCUGAUGCAGUGUUGUCGGCCACCAUGGAACAUGUGAGGUGGUGCGUCAUAUCGGAUAAGGAGUACAAGAAGUGCUCAGACCUGGCUGCCCAGGCACCGGUCUUCUCCUGCGUGUUGAAAUUAAAUUCCAUGGAAUGCAUUGAUGCCAUUAAAAUAGGUACAGCAGACGCUAUCACAUUGGAUGGAGGAGACCUCUACACUGCCGGACUAGAAAAAUAUCAACUGCAGCCCAUAAUUGCAGAGCACCAUGGCAAUUCAUCGGAAGGCUGCUACUACGCAGUCGCUGUGGUUAAGAAGGGCUCGGGCUUUGGCAUAAGAGAGCUGGCUGGGAAGAGAUCCUGUCACACUGGCUUGGGAAAAUCUGCUGGCUGGAACAUGCCAAUUGGAGCACUCCUCAAGUUGGGUAUAUUGAAGUGGGGAGGCCAUAAGAGCCAAACGAUUGAGGAUGCGGUAGGAAGUUUCUUCUCGUCAAGCUGUGCACCUGGAGCAGACAAGGGUUCACAACUAUGUAAAAACUGCAAGGGUGACUGCUCAAAAUCUCAAAAUGAACCUUUCUAUGACUAUGAUGGUGCCUUUCAGUGCCUGGUAGAAGAUGCUGGAGAUGUAGCCUUUGUCAACCAUCUCACUGUACCGGAUGACAAGGAAGCAAACUAUGAACUUCUAUGCCCUGACAAUACAAGAGCACGCGUUGAAGACUACAAAGAAUGCCACCUGGCCAGGGUACCUGCUCACGCAGUGGUCACCCGCAAACAACCCAAACUGGCUGAAUUGAUCUGGAAAAGUCUCAGUGAAGUGCAGGGCUUUGACCUGUUCUCCUCCAAAGCUUACGCACCUGCCAAGAAUCUUAUGUUCUCAGACUCUACUGAAAUGCUUGUCCAAUUGCCUUCCAACACUACCUCCUUCCUGUAUUUGGGUGCUGGUUAUACGAGCAUAAUGCGCUCUUUGAACAAAGAGGUCGCUGCAGCCGGAUCAAGCGCCCUGAUGUGGUGUGCCGUGGGCCCGAGUGAGAUGAAGAAAUGUCAGUCAUGGAGCAUCAAAAGCAUGGUGGAUGGUGACACUAAAAUUCUUUGCCAAACUGCCCCAACUGUUGAAGAAUGCAUAAGGAAGAUAAUGAGUAAUGAGGCCGAUGCAAUGUCAGUGGAUGGAGGAGAGGUAUUCAUUGCCGGGCAGUGUGGACUGGUUCCAGCGAUGGUCGAGCAGUAUAAUGAAGCUAAAUGCAACACAUCUGGUGCGUCAGCUUCUUCAUACUAUGCUGUUGCGGUGGUCAAGAGAAAUUCUGGCAUUACCUGGGACAGCCUGAGAGGAAGGAGGUCCUGCCACACAGGUUAUGGCAGAAACGCGGGCUGGAAUGUUCCCAUGGGUCAAAUUUAUAAAGAGACUGGUGAUUGUGACUUCACCAUGUUCUUCAGCAGCGGAUGCGCCCCUGGAGCUCCGGCAAGCUCUCCUUUCUGCUCUCAAUGUGCUGGGAGUGGUAUUAAAACUGUGGGCAACAAAGCAAAAUGUCAACCAAAUUCGGAAGAGGAAUAUUAUGGCUACGUAGGUGCCUUUAGAUGUCUUGUUGAAGGUGCUGGUGAUGUUGCCUUCACGAAACACUCGGUGGUUCAAGAGAACAGCAAUGGAAAGGGUCCAGCAUGGGCCUCAAACAUCUUGAGCAGCGACUACGAGCUGAUUUGCCCACAGCUAAGUGGUUCGGCGCCAAUUGGAGAUUUUAAACAUUGUCACCUGGGAGCCAUACCGGCACACGCCGUGAUUACCCGGCCAGAGACCCGUGACCAUGUUGUCAGUGUUCUUGGGGAGCAGCAGGUGAAGUUCGGCAGAGGUGGCAACGAUCCCAGUUUUGAAAUGUUUCAUUCCCAGUCGGACAAGAACCUGCUCUUCAAAGACUCCACCAAAUGUCUGCAAGAGGUGCCAAGCGGCUUGGACUAUAAAGGCUUCUUGGGACUAGAUUACAUGGCUGCCAUGACCUCACUAAGGCAGUGCAGUGACACAACAGAUCUGGAGAAGCUGUGCACUUUCAUCAGCUGUCAGUGA